AUGUUCAUCCAACUGCGCCGUGUGGUGUAUCUGUUGGUACUCCUGCAGACCAGCGUUUGCGUGGUCCGCGCGGAAGACGAUGCCGGGCACGGGAAGGCGGUGGGGUCUUUAAAGGAAUGGGCGGACGAGGCGGAGGGGCGCUUUGCGCGAGGAAAAGGCUAUCAUGAGGUAUGGGGAACCACGGUGAAUGCUUGUAUUAAAAGAGCUAAUGUUGCAUGGGACAUCGCCAGUGGGACGAAAGAAAUCGUUGCCGAAAUCAUAAACGAGAGGGCGAAGGAGUAUCCUCUGCGCGACCAUUUACUAAGUCUCGUGAAGAGGGCCACGAGUGAAGUAAACAAAAAUGUGAGUGUGCUUAAUGAGGCAGCAAACGCAGUCGAAGAUGCGAGAAAUUUGGAUCGAAUGAGUGAAGAUGCGAUAAUGAAAAUGAGAGAAACGUUGGAGAGUCAAAACAAGAGCAGGAAUCAAAAUACAGAGGUGCUUGAGAGAGUGGAUGAAGAAAAAAGAUCAGUGGAACAAGAUGCGCUUAUAAGGAGGACCAGGAGAGUAUAUAAUGAUAUGAAUGAGGUGUAUCAAAAGCUCCUGGUGAUCAGACGAAGGAGUCACGCCUGCGCGAGGGAGGUAAGUAAUGGUGUAAUCGCUACGAAAAACAGGAUGCUCAGAGCGCUGUACUUGUUCGGAGGGGUGAAAGAAAAACUUAAAAUAGCUCCUGAGGAGUUCGGAGAGGAGGUGACCAAAUACAACAAAACUCUUUUGGAAUUAUUGAGGGAUGAGUUGGUGGAAAUAGAUUCCCUUAAGCGAGAUGGGUCGAAGGAAUAUGUAGUCGGUCGAGCGUCAGCGAAAGCGACUGCAGGAGCUGCCUCUGAUAAAGUCGUUAAGAAGAAAAAAAGUGACACAAAGAAACUUGAGGCGGAGGUGACGGCGGCACAGGAGAAGGAAAAAGAAAGUUUGGAGCGGAAAAAAAAGGAAGAGGAAAAGGAGGUAAGGAGACUCCAUGAAGAAAGGCAAAGGGAACUGGAGAGAAAGAAGGCCGAAGAUGAGGAGAGAAAGGCGGCUGAGGAAAGGCUAAAGGUGCAAGAGAGAAAGAAAGCGGAAGAAGAGAAGAAAAAGAUCAAAGAAGAAGAGGCAAGAAAAGCAAAAGAAGAGGAGGCAAGAAAGGCUAAAGAAGAGCGGGCUAAACAGGAGUUGGAGAGAAAGGCAAGGGAAGAGAUGGAGAAAAAAAAGAAGAAAAAAGACGGCAGCAGUCCUGCAUUGGUGCACAGUCCCUUAUUGCUGCUUCUGCCGCUUGUGCUUUGUUGCACUCUCGUGUGCUAA